AUGAAACUAUCAGAAUUUUACCGUCUUCUAUUUAUAUUUCUAAUUCUCUUCGCCGCUUUCGAAUUUCGAGAUCCACAAUGUGAACAACGCGAAGCUUAUAUGAAAAUGAAGUUUCCCAACACUUUGAUCAUUUUUGUUAAUUAUUUCUCGGACCCACAAGAUGCUAUAACUGUGAGUUUUAGGCGGGAGCUCCUAGAAAAUAGAAGAAACAAUGAUGAUAAAUUAUAGGAUUUCAAAAUUCAAUAUCUGUUGAAACAAGUCGUUUGCUCAAUUCCUCAAAAUCGUAUAAUUGAAUAUGGAACAAUUGAAAAAGAUAUGUUCACAAUGUUUACAAGUAUAUCUCAACUUAUAACUCGCUUACAAGUACCAGUUCCCGAAGUUCAAACUUGUGAAAAAGCAAUAUCGAAUCUAGCCAAACCAUUAUCCGAAUAUGACGCGCAUUUUGAUCGUGUUGAAAUCAUUUUUUUCGUUCCCGGUUUUGAUGCAACCGAACAAUGUGAUUAUGUCAAAGAAUUUCAAAAAUUGCCGACUUUUGCUAACUUCAAUUUGAUUAGAUUUGAUAAUUUCAAGAAAUUCUGGACGAAAACUAUGAAUUUUCCCGGGAUUAAGGAACUUGAUAUGAAUCAACCAGAAGCUAGUGAGGAACUCAAGGAAAAAGCGAUUAAUUUGUGAGUUUUCCAUUUCGCUGUGAGACCUGAAUUUUGAAUUUUUACAGUAUCAACGAUAUUCUUGGAAUCAAGCCGCCCGAAAAUCCAGAAGUAUGUGAAAACCCAAAUUUCACAUUAUAUUCUGUAAUAUCUGCUAUAAUUUCAAUGGUUUUUGGAUUCCUCAUCACUUUUUUGCUGAUCUUCACUUUGGGAUAUUUCCGAAAGAAAAAGACUCAAGAGCUCAUGAAAAUUCCAAAUCCAAUGGUGAAAAAAGAUCCGAACUUUCAUGAUGAUGAUUUGGGAGAAAUCAGUGGAUCAACUAGUAAAACUCAAUCUUCUGGGGAUACUGGAAAGGUUGUGACGGAUUUUGAUGAGGUUUAUGAGCACAAUGAGAAAGAGAAAAAAGUUGCUCCAAAAGUUGCACCAAAACCACCGGUCAAACCUGAAGCUGUGAAAAAAGAAUUGCCAAAAACGAUGGCAAAACCGGAGAAGUUCGAGGAAUUGAGUGAUAUUUCUAGUGUUGCAACAACAAUGAAACUAAAAGAUUUUGAUGAUACUUAUAAUGGAAAAAAUUUGGAUGUCACUUAUAAACCAAACGAGAAAGCGAUCCGAAAAUAA